GCCUGUGGGUUUGUGGAGCAGGUAGGGGGAGGGGAUGUUUGGUUGUUGUUAUUAGGGCAGGGUUUCUUAUGAUGAUCUACGAGGAUGAAUUCUUCAAUAAACAUCAAGGAUGAAUCUGAGCUUUACAGAGUAAAGUACUCAAAGUUGAAGCGGAAGCUAAGGACCCUGGUGUUUGAGAAUGAGUCAUACCGGGAUGAGCUGAUGCGCUGCCAGCGCAAGCUGCUGAAAUUGAACCGUGACAAGUGUUUCCUGCUGGACCGGCUGCUGCAGUAUGAGACGGCUGUGAACUCGUCCGACUCGGAGACCACUGAGGGCUCUGACACAGAGGCGGACAGUAAACACAGCAGGAGAAAAUUAGAAGCAGGAGCAGAACGAUCGCCGGCGAAACGAAAAAAGCAGAUAUUGAAGGGGAAAAAUGUGGCGGCGCGCUCCCAGGUGUCGCGCUCUUUCGGCGACAACGGCCACAUGACACCCGAGGAGGUGGAGCGACACCUGGAGUCGCGCACGGCCGUCAAAAACCCGGACAUGGUGCCGGAGCGCGCGCCGCUGACCGUACCGCGCCAGCUGUUCAGCACCGAGGAGGGCGACUGGGAGGGCCGCGAGUCCCUCGACACCGCCAGCAACGUCGACGAGGAGGGUCUGGUCAUCGACUUCCCCGAGUGAACUCUGCGAUGAUGGGCUGUCCGCGCGACGGCGUGUGGGCCCUGGGAUUCCGCGAGGCCGCGGAGUGGUUUUCUGCGGCUGCAAAGGACCUCGCGUGUAGGUGACCUGGGUGACCGUGGUUUGCUUUUGUGACCCCGAGUGAUCUCGUUGAAAGUGACCGGCUCGUGCCGGUCUCUCUCUCUCCCCUAGCUAGGUCCAGUUGAGCUCAGCGCAUCUGUCGUGCGCACGAAGCCGAUGAUAUCCGUCGCCGUGACGCAGUACGUUGCGUUGUCUGGGAAGCGCGUUUUGUUCAGAGGGGCCGAUGGGCGUCGCGCUCACGAACGCUUCCGAGUGGGAGUUAUGUCUUAAAGCUUUACUGUGUUCAUUGUCACUUCAGGCACACCAUCGUUACUGUCGUUUUUUGGAUCGCUGGUGAAGAGGUUCAGGAGGAGCUUAGCUGAAGCGUCAGCUAUUAACGACCGUGUACCUGACCGUUCGUGUAAUAUACAUCAUAUAAUUGCA